CAUGUCCACUUUUGAAAAGGUUGUUGUCAUUGACGGUAAAGGUCAUCUUCUCGGUCGUCUUGCUUCUAUCAUUGCUAAGCAAGCCCUUAAUGGUCAAAAGGUGGUUGUGGUCCGUUGUGAAGCCCUCAAUGUUUCUGGUGAAUUCUUCCGUAACAAGUUGAAGUACCAUGCUUACCUCAAUAAGCGUUGUAUUGUCAACCCCAACCGUGGUGCCUUCCAUUUCCGUGCUCCUUCUCGCAUCUUAUACAAGGCUAUCCGUGGUAUGGUUCCUCACAAGACUGCCCGUGGUGCUGCUGCCUUGGAUCGUAUCAAGUUGUUUGAAGGUGUUCCUCCUCCUUAUGACCGUGUCAAGCGUGUUGUUGUGCCUGAUGCUCUCCGUGUCUUGAAGCUCAAGCCUGGACGCAAGUACACUACCAUUGGUCGUAUCUCUCAUGAAGUCGGCUGGAAGUACCAAGAUGUCGUUGCCAAGCUUGAAGACAAGCGUAAGGCCAAGUCUGCUGCUUACUAUCAACGCAAACAAGCUUUGGUUGCUAUCCAAAAGAAGGCUGUCGAAUCUAAGGCUGAUGCUAUCAAGGAUAUUAACUCUUCUCUUGCCACUUUGGGUUAUUAGUUCCUCUUCUUUAUUUCAUUUCAUCCCCCUCCCUUUUGACCAACUUCAACCUUUAGUUAUUUUACUUUUAUUUUUUAAAAAAAAAAAAACUAUCUUAUUGAAUAAAAGCAUGUUUUCUCCUUAA